AUGACUAUCACAAUUACUGUUGAGAAGGAUGGGUACUAUGAGGUCAAUGGAACACGCCAGGAGCCGACUGUGUCUCUUUAUGUUAUUCCUGCGGCUUCCAAGCUGCGCCGGAUGCUCAAAGAUACGAAAGACCUCAUUGUGUGCCCUGGUGUAUAUGAUGGUCUCUCCGCUCGUGUUGCCAUGGAGGUUGGAUUCAAGGGACUUUACAUGACUGGCGCUGGAACCACCGCCUCGCGCUUGGGAAUGGCGGAUCUGGGGUUAGCUCAGCUCCAUGACAUGAAGACCAAUGCCGAAAUGAUUGCCAACCUUGACCCAUUCGGCCCCCCAUUGAUUGCAGAUAUGGAUACUGGCUACGGAGGCCCAUUGAUGGUGUCGAAGUCUGUUCAACAAUACAUCCAGGCAGGCGUCGCGGGCUUCCACAUUGAGGACCAAAUUCAAAACAAGCGAUGUGGCCAUCUUGCAGGGAAGAAGGUCGUCAGCUUGGAUGAGUACCUGAUGCGGAUUCGUGCCGCCAAGCUGACCAAGGAUCGUUUGCACUCGGACAUUGUUUUGAUUGCACGGACGGACGCACUUCAGCAACAUGGCUACGAGGAAUGCAUCCGUCGACUGAGAGCUGCUAGAGAUAUUGGAGCAGAUGUUGGACUACUUGAAGGCUUUACUUCUAAAGAGCAGGCUCGACAGGCGGUCCAGGACCUCGCUCCUUGGCCCCUACUCCUGAACAUGGUAGAGAAUGGAGCAACCCCACUCAUCACUACAAAGGAGGCAGAGGACAUGGGAUUCAGGAUCAUGAUCUUCUCAUUCGCUACAAUUACCCCUGCUUAUUUGGGUAUUAAAGCGACCUUAGAGCGUCUCAAGACAGAGGGAGUGGUUGGUGUCCCAGAUGGAAUGGGGCCGCGGAAGCUUUUCGAGGUUUGUGGGUUGAUGGACUCUAUGAAGAUUGACACAGAAUCCGGGAACGAUGGCUUUGCUGAUGGUGUUUGA